AGGUGUACUACUGGCCAAGUAAACGUAGCCUUUGUUCCUGCGGUUUUCCACAACUAACUUUGCAUGUUCAUCUCAUCAUCUCUCCCAAUACAAACCUUCGGCCACAAACAAAAAGCCAAUAAUAAUUCAGUGAAUUAAUAAGAUGGGAUCCGAGACAUUCCUAGAAGUCUUGUGUGCCAUUUUUCUUCCACCAGUUGGUGUCUUCAUUCGCUAUGGCUGCGGGGUGGAGUUUUGGAUUGCCGUAUUGCUGACGCUGUUUGGAUAUAUACCAGGAAUUAUAUAUGCAGUUUAUGUCUUGGUUGUAUAAACUUGCUAAUUAAUUAUUCAAGUUUUUAUUGGAUCAAAUAAAUGGCUUGUUUAGUUAUAGGUAUUAGAUAUAGUACAAUGUACAUUCAUUUUUAAUUAGUGAUCAAUUUGUGUGAUGUGUGAUCUGAUGGACAUAUUUUAAGAUCAAAGUCUUUCAUUUU